UUCAAAAAUAGGCACGCACAAUUCGAAGUCACUUCAUAUACGACGUUGUCACUUCAAGAAUGUGAAGUGACAACGUUUUGCGUUGUUUUCGCGCCAUGACGUCACUAAACACCAUUAUCCGACAUUUGCCGAAACCGAAGUUUGAAGUCACAUCGCCAACUUGGUACCAAAAAAAAUCUUUUUUAGUUGUGGCGUAUAUCGAAGUCGCCACUGUCGUAUAUAUGAUAAAUUACGGACCACACGAAAUCACUUCAACGCGUAUUUAGCGAAAUUUUCCGUGAAGUCACUUCAUCGAGAGUAGGACAUUUGACAACGACGCAUUUAUUCUCAAACCGUUAGCGUGAAGUGAAGACGUGCACAUUUUUACGUUCUUUUUUAUACAUUUGGUCUUUGAAAACAUGAAUUCCAGAACGAAGAAAAUUUUUCACAAAGCAAUGGGAAUUUCUAAGCAAUAUUUACCACCGGCUAGGAAUACUGACAAAAUGGAAAUAACUAGAGGAAUUUCUAAGCAAUAUUUACCACCGGCUAGGAAUACUGACAAAAUGGAUAUAACUAGAGAUUGGAUCGAAAAUAGUUUUCAUUUAGAUGCUGCUGUUCCUUUAGAACCACCUAAAAAUACACAAACAACAAAUGAUAAUAAAAGUAAUUCUUCUCCAGAAUUAGGAGCUGACGUUAAUAUACCUGAAAUCAAUGACGAAAUUCGCAUACAAAGUGGCUGUUGUGAACUCAAAAGCUGUGAUUGCAGUCUUAUAUCCGGAACACCUAGCAAUACCCUAACUAGUGAGCAUUCAUCGCCAUUUUGCAUUGACCGGCGUCGAAGUAAGACAAAUAAAAUAUCUCCAAUACUUACUGGUGAUAUAGAUAAAUCCGAUACUAUAAAUCCUAGUUUUGGAACAAACAAUAUUGUUGAUACAAACCUCGAUACUAACACAGGAACCGAAUUUGAUAUUUUGCUUGGUUUAUCCCAAUGUCACUCAAUGCAAAACAAUAUAACUCCAAACACUGAUCAUUUUAACUACAUUUCUGGAGAUUCUAUUUUGGUAACGAACAAUAUAGUCGAUAUUAACACAGGAACGGAAUAUGAUACUUUAUCUGCCUCUUUGCAAUUGCACCCAAUAGAAAACAAUAUAAACACAAACACUGAUCAGCAUAAAUAUAUUUCUGGAGAUUCCGAUGAUAGCCGAGAUAGAGACUACGUGUGUGAAAGUGAUUUGACGUCAGAAAGCUCCCAGUCUUCUGCUACCAAGGAUUCCGAAAACGAAGUUAUAGACAUAAUGGAAACUGAAAAAGAAAAUUUUAUUCCUAGAAAAUCUAAGGAAAAAAUAAAGGAUAAAGCGAAAAGUAAAAACGAUCAUUUUUCCAAUACAGAAGCGCAAAGUCGAGUGUUCAACAUUGAUGAACUAAUAAAACAAAAAAGAAAUGUCAAUGACAAAAAGCAAGUUUUAUGUAAAUAUUGCAAAUGCAAAAUUGCCACAAAAAAUUUCGCAAGGCAUUUGGAAUCGCACCAUAGAGAUGAAAACGAAGUCAAAAAGAUGUUACAGUAUCCUCGCAAAAGUAAAGAAAGGAGACAAGCUUUCAGUUUGUUUAGGAAUCAUACUAACUUUGAUCAGUAUAUUGAAGGCGUGAUUUGUCCAUAUCGCGAAACAAUAAAAAAAAAUUCUUUGACAUAUUACCCUUGCAUAUACUGCAAAGGAGUUUUUCAAAAAGAGUAUCUAAAACGCCACUCGAAGUUAUGUGUUAUGCAAAACAGUAGAAAAGAGUUAUCUAGCAAUGGACGAAAUUAUUAUAUUACUAACUCCCAAACUGCAAUUGCGUGUGCCAUGGAUACCACAAACGUAAUCUCAAGAUUAAAUGUAAAGGAACUGGUAUUUUCUAUCAUGAAAGGGGAUGAGAUAUCCUUAGUAGCAAAGAAAGAUCUUCUUAUCGCCAAUUUUGGAGAAUCGUAUCUAAAAAAACAUAAAAGGGAACGCAAAGAGUAUGCUUGCAGCUCUAGGAUGCGUGAACUUUCGCGUCUACUAAUUGCGUAUCGGGAAAUUGUUAACGAUUCUAAAUGCUGUUUAAAAGAUAUUUUAAAACCAAAAAAUUUCGAUCAUUUUUUGGCAGCUACGAGAAAAAUUACUGGGUAUAACCCAACAAAUAAAUUAUUCAAAGCUCCAAGCCUUGCCAUGCAUUUAGGAACAUAUUUAAAAGACAUAUGUGACGAAUGUACUCAUCUCGUAUUAAAGGAAAGCCCUGGAUUUACUUGCCAAUCAGAAAGCGAAACCGAACUGUUAUUACAAGAAAUUAAAAAAUUUAAAAAGCUACUAAUAUCAAGAUGGAACACUGAAAUUUCGAGUUUGGCAAAUAAAGAUUUGCAAGAAAAAAAAUGGAAUAAACCGCUUCUUGUGCCGCUAGUCAAUGAUAUAAAGAUAUUUAGAGAAGAAGUACUGAAAAUGGCAGAAGAUUGCGUUAAAAAGUUUGUAAAUCAUAUCGAUGACAUACAUACGUAUAAACUAUUAGUUCAAUGUUCCCUGUCACUUUUAAUACUUUUUAAUCGCAGACGUAUUGGUGAUGUACAGUAUCUGAAAAUACAAGAUUAUAUGAGACAAAAUAAAUCUAGUAUGAAAGAUUUUGAAUCUGCCCUAACAGAAUCAGAAAAGGCUUUGACAGCUAAGUAUAGACGAAUAGUAAAUAGUGGCAAAGGUUCAAGGCAAGUUGUAAUAUUAUUGCCGGAAACAUUAGAAAAAUAUAUUAACGUAUUAUUAGAACACCGUAAAAAAUACAUGUUGGAGAAAAAUGAGUAUGUUUUUGCGAUACCACAGAGCAAAAUUAAGUGGGGUCAGGGGGACGUUGCAAUAAGAUACCUUUGUAGCAAAAUUAAAUUAGAGUAUCCCGAAGCAAUUUCUAGUAACAAAUUAAGAAAACACAUUGCCACGGUCACACAAAUAUUAAAUCUGUCAAAAGAAGAUAUUGCUCAGUUUUCCAAAUUUAUGGGUCACACGGAAAAAACGCAUGCCGAUUUCUAUGAACUGCCAGUGGACAUAUACCAAACUGCCAAAGUUUCAAAAUUGCUACUUAUGAUGGAAAAAGGAUCCUUACCUACAGAAUUUAAGGGAAAAACAUUAUCUCAGAUCGAAUUUGACGAAAAUACAGAAUACGCUGAAGAAAAUGUUGAAGAACGUGCCAUGCCAAGAAAAGAAAGUAUUGGUUCUACAUCCGCUGCUACGGAUUUUAUUGAUGAGGGAGAGAAAUCAAAAAAAGACAUUGCUUCCACGUCCACUGCUUCGGACUUCAUUGACGAGGGAGCGACACCAAAAAAAGAUCUAGCUCCCAGAUCUAUUAAUUUACAUCAUAAUCGAACUUGCAGUGUUCAAGAUUUGGACUCUGAUACAGAUGAGCAAGAACCAAAAAAACAAAAAAUACAAAAAAGAGUUGGACCGCACAUGAAAUAAAUCAGGUAUCAAAAACGUUCGGAAAUUUUAUUAAAAAGAAAAUCUAUCCACCCCAACAACAAAUCUUAGAUUUCAUUAAGAAGAUGGGUAGUAAAAGAUCUCCAGCGCAAGUGAAAUCCAAAUUGCAACAUUUAAUAAAAACAACUACUUAAAAACUAUCUUGUUUUUGGUUAAGUUUUAUAAUCACUGCACUUAUAUAAUAUAUAGUAUGUCCAAAAGAUCGUGUUAAGCAUGGGGAUCUCGGAAACGGUAAAAGAUACAGAUUCGGUUAAAUGGGAGAAAAUGUUUAGCACAAAAAUAUUGGUUAACCGGUACAUUAACAGUUUAAAAAAUUUUAUUCGUUUGGGCCCCAUAGCGGAAAAACUAAUAUUUUCCGUUUUCAUCUUUUCCCUGUAACUUUUUUAUUUGAAGAGAUACCUUCAAAAUUAUCUCAACCAUGGUAUCGUUAGAAAGGAAAUUGAGAGCACUUUCGAUUGAUGCCAUAGCCGCCUAUUAUUUACAUUUAAAAAAAUAUAAGUUUGGGUUAUAACACCGAAACUUGGAAAGGUAUUGAAAAUCUAAUAAAUUAUUAUUAAUCUGCGUAAAAAAGUGCCUUAAUAAUGCCAAAGAAUUUUGAAGGUAUCUCUUCAAAUAAAAAAGUUACAGGGAAAAGAUGAAAACGGAAAAUAUUAGUUUUUCCGCUAGGGGGCCCAAACGAAUAAAAUUUUUUAAACUGUUAAUGUACCGGUUAACCAAUAUUUUUGUGCUAAACAUUUUCUCCUAUUUAACCGAAUCUGUAUCUUUUACCGUUUCCGAGAUCCCCAUGCUUAACACGAUCUUUUGAACACACUGUAUAUACAAUAAUAGACGUAGGUACAUG